AUGAAGGUAGGUGUUUUCCCCCUCGCGGCUUUGGCGAGCUACGCCGCCGCCCAGACAACAACAGCCACGCCCGUCGUCCCACCGUACUACUCCACCAACCCCGGAGAAUGGUCCUCUAUCUAUGACUCCCUCGUCUCGAACGGCAUCAUUCCCUCCACCGUGACUGCCCCGCCAUGGCCGACUUCCGGCUACGGUCCUGGAUCCGGCCCGUGGGGCCCAGGCUACGGCCCUGGCGGACCCGGCGGCGGUCACGGACCUGGAGGCCGUCACUGGGGCGGGCCCGGCGGCUGGGGCCCAUGGGGAUCUGGCACUGCGGGCUGGGGCCCGUGGAGCGGAUGGAGCACGAACUCAGCGUGGACGAAUGGCCCCUGGACGAACUGGUGGGGUGGAAGCGCGUGCCCCGGGACGGAUUGGCCGGGAUGGACUAUGGGCCCCUGGAGUACGGAUGCGCCGUGGACGACGUGGGCGGGCUGCUCGGCGACCACGACGGGCACAGACGUGGUUACGACGACGAUUUCGGGUCAGGUGACCACCACGACGCAGUUUGGCGUGCAGGUUGCGCAGGCCGAGGGUACGGGAUCCGGAGCCACUGCUGACGCUGGAUCAACGGGCGCUGCUGCCCCGAUGAGGACGGCUGGUCCCGCCGUCGCUGUCGGUGCCGCCAUUUUGGGUCUUGCUGUGGGCUUGUAA